AUGGCACCCAGGCUACACAUUAAGAUCAAUCAUUUUCCGGUAUCAGAUUCGGGAUCCGCGAGUACAAUAGGGGCCAGCUCAAACCAGACCAAUCCCAUUAUCACCGACAGCUUUCUGGAUGGAGAGGUCGUCAUCUCCAUGAACAAUUUCAACGAAACCAUCGACCGUUCUGCAAUAGUCGAAGUUACUUUUGAGGGCAAGCUAUCCACAUCCAUCCAUCUGAACAUCUCGACCCAACUUCUCCGCAUGGCUAAAAAUCUCAUUCUCAUCCGAGCAUCUGACGUUCGCGAAUUAUAUCAAGCCCCAUCCGACACCACCUGCUCACCCUCCCAAACCUUCAUCCACCCUUUCCACUUCAACAUCCCUUGGACGAGCGACCCAAACUCAUCCUCCUCCGCCUUCGAAACCGGUGUUCCUCUUCCUCCAUCCCUCUCCUUCAAACCUAUAUCCGCCUAUGAGUCUAACAACCUCACUCUCCGCGGCCACUGUCGCAUAGAAUACUGCCUCAAAGCCCGCCUCUUUAAUCAAAGCAGCCGUAUCGCCGAAGCCGAGUUCCCAGUAACCCUUGUCCCCCCACAAGAAUGUCCUCCCCCUAUCUGUAUCACCGACUUUCCUCACGAAUAUACUCUUAACUCAUUUCAGCGCAUUCGUGAUCUCCUAUCCCGCCGCGGUCUAUGGCACCUGUCCGUUGAGACGGAACAACCCACCUUGUUUCAUCUUAAUCGCCUUAAUAGGGCAGUGUUUGUCCCUUUGACAUGGCGGUAUCAGUGUUUAGGCCCUUCAGGACAUCAUCAGAUCAUUCAUCCGCCGGUUCUAUUUGCCAACGUUCAAACAUUUCUUAGCGCGACGACAUUUAUAUCUGUUAUAUCCCAGUCCCGCGUCCCGACCCGGACUGAAGCCAACAAAUUAAAGAAUUUCCGGCUCCUCGCGGAUACAACCCGAGUUGGGACUACACAAGUCCGCAAAGUACGGAUUGCGUCGUGGAAACCUAAAUUACGUGCCCAUGAUACUGGUACCACAUCCCAGGAUCAACCGGUAUGGGAAUCAACCGCCCAUCUAAUCUUCACCUUCGACGAGAACGAUUACAUGCCGCCUACCUUUACACAUCCUUAUGUUUCGAGGAGGUAUAGUUUAAUUAUCGGUAUUGAAGUCGACAGUUUUCGAGACACGAAUUUUCAACUUCAAGUGCCGGUACACGUGUCCUAUGACCGCAGACAGGGUAAUGCCUCGUCUAUCUGUGAGGAUGUUCGGGUACCGUUAGAUGCACAUAUGGUGGAUGAGGAUGUAUUGUUAGAAAGUUGUAGUCCGCCGCCUUAUAUGGCUUGA